CAGAUUUAUGCUUUCUUUAAAUAUUCCUCGCUUUUUUAUUCCGUUCUCAGUUCUUGUAAGGACAGAAGUGUAGUAAGAGCCGUUGCGCGGUGCUAUCAAAUUAUUUGCAAAUCUCAGCAAAUUUUAUUAGUGAUAUUAGAUUAUUUUCACUACAUUUAAGUUGGUUAUAUAUAUUCCUAUUGAUACAAUUCAUCAUGUAUUCCAUUGUAAUAUUAAUUAUUAUUCUAACAAUUUUAUUUGGACUAUACUAUGGAAUAGCAGAAUAUUUUUUAAAUAAAUUACGUAUGUUUAAUAUGAUCAACGGAAUUCCUGGACCAAAAGCAUUUCCAAUAAUUGGAAAUCAUCUGUUUACUGGCGACACAACAGCUCUAUUCAAACAAAUACUAAAUCUUGGUAAUAAUUGUCAAUUAUCAUAUAUGGACGUAUUUGUUAAUCAUUCUAUCGCAUUAAUGGAAAAAUUAGAAACUUUUGUUGGAGAAGAAUUAGAAGUUUUUAAUUAUGUCCUUCGCUAUACUUUGGAUAUAAUAUAUGUGGAAGAUGCCACGCUGGAUACGCAAAUAAAUUCGCUGACAAAUCCGGAUUGUAAAUUAGCUGAAUCAAUAAAAUGUUUGAUGGAUAUAGCAAUACAAAGGGUCUGUAAAUUAUGGUUACAUCCGAACAUAAUUUUUUAUAACACUGCUAGAGGAAAGAAAUUUCAUGCCAGCUUGGCUUACCUGGAUAAUGUAACAAACAAGAUAAUCAAAGAAAAAAUGGAAUCUAUGUUAAGAAGUAAAAUUAAUCGAGAAUUGAUAGCGGAAAAAGACAAAAACGGAAGACACUUUCCGAUUUUUUAUUCGAGUUAUCGCACGAAGGAAAAGUAUGUACGGAGGAAGAUACCCGUGAUAAAAUGAAUACAAUAAUGGUAGCUGGAAGCGAAACUUCAGCCACAACCAUUAGCUAUAUCCUCUUAAUGUUUGCUACAUUCACGGAAAUUCAAGUACAUAUACAUAAUAUUUUCUUAAUAAUUUGUCAUUACGUAUCCGACGUAAAUUAUAUUCAUAUUAACUUCUUAUCAU